ACUUAUCAUGUGCUUUCUGUGUGGCGGUGGACGGAGGAGGUGCAGGAGGAGCCAGGAGGAUUAGAAAGUAGUGGAAAUAAGAAACAACAACUCUUUACUUCCUAUCGGCUCUCAGGCGGCCUGGCCCUUCUUAACAGUCGUCUUUCGCUCCUGACUGCACACAUACAUGAGCUAAAAGCAGAAGCGGCCCCACAAUUUGUUUGUCGUCAGUUCCAGCAUGGCCGGAGGUUCGGUGUCUGAAUGCAAGGAGUAUCUGUUCAAGGUUCUGGUUAUCGGAGAACUGGGGGUCGGCAAAACCAGCAUCAUCAAACGCUACGUGCAUCAGCUUUUCUCGCAGCACUACAGGGCGACGAUCGGGGUCGACUUUGCUCUCAAAGUGAUCAACUGGGACAGCAAGACACUGGUCCGGUUACAGCUGUGGGACAUCGCAGGCCAAGAGAGAUUCGGAAACAUGACGCGAGUGUACUAUAAGGAGGCCGUUGGGGCAUUUGUCGUGUUCGACGUGACGAGAGGUGCUACGUUUGAAGCCGUGUCCAAGUGGAAGCAUGACCUGGACAGUAAGGUGAAGCUGACCAAUGGAAACCCCAUCCCUGCUGUGCUUCUCGCCAAUAAGUGUGACCAGAAGAAGGAAAGUCCCAACAACACACCCCUUAUGGACAAAUUCUGCAAAGACACUGGCUUCCUGGGUUGGUUUGAAACCUCGGCUAAGGACAACAUCAACGUGGAUGAUGCAGCACGUUUCCUGGUAGAGCACAUCCUGGCUAACGACAAAGGUUUGCCACAAGAGGAGAGCAACGGAGACCAUUUCAAACUGGACCCAAAGACUGCUGCUGCCGAGAGCAAGUCAGGCUGUUGCUAACACUCUGUUCACUCAGAUUAGUUAUCUGCCUUCCAUUGGCAAGGUCCAGUGAGUUCACUCAGCCUGUCGCUCUAGUUCUCUGUUGUACCCUCAAGGAGGAAAAUGAACUUUUUUUGGGGUCUUUUAAGCACCAGGGACUUCUUUCUGCACCCAUCACGAUUUGAACUGCACAUCCAAGUUCUGUCUUUUUUUCUUUUUUUUUUGACAUUGCUUCAGUUUUGAUGUUUUUAUUGCAAUCUUGAGAAUCCUUUUGUCCUUGUUCCAUCAUAAACUCUUGUAUUGUGCUCAUAGCUCUUCCUUCUCCCUGGGUCCCACACAAUUCCACUCAACGCAAGUUGAGAGAUACUGAAACAUUGUGGUCGUCACUUUACUGUACAUUCUCUCAGUACACUCCUGUGUAUGUGUGUUUAUUUGACAUCCAAGUGUUCCUUGACAAUUUAAAUGUUUUUGUGUGUUUUGAGUCUGUCCAUUGAUAAAAUUAAUAAUGUUUUACAGCACAAUUGAAGUGUUUUGUCUUCAAAUGUUUUAAAAAAAAAUUGGGCUUCCCUGUCAAACCUAUUACAACGUCCCUUUUGUUUACUGUCACAGUUUGUGAUGUCGAAUUUUUUUUUCUUCAAACUUUAAUAACAAUGUGGAUCAUUUAGUCAAAUGAGAUGCACAAAGUUUUAUUUCAUUUAAAGUUACUAAAGGUACUCCAUUAGACGUUUGCAAAGGUUUUAUCUUAAGACUGAUCAGUAAAAUGUGAGGUACACAUUUAAUGUGGAUUUGUGUCCUAAUUUGUGUAUCUCAUGACAUAUAAAUGCAUAAAGAAUCCCUAUUUUUACAGUGGAUUCAUAUUCUGUUAUUCUGUCAAACUUAAAGAAUGUUUUUAACUUGUUUACAUUCUCCAGUACAUUAUUAAAAUAAACGUUUUAACAUGA